AUGUCCUGGAAACAAUCCAACACGCAUCUCUCCAUUCUGCGUGAUGCGGAAGCCGGGAAAUACGGAGUCAUCGCUGCCAUCGCCUACAACAUUGAGCAUAUCCUAGGACUAGUUCAAGCUGCUGAUACUGCUCGCUCGCCUCUGAUCAUCCAAUUCUUCCCAUGGGCCAUUGAGGCCACCGAUGGAUUACUCAUACGCACCGCUGCGGACGCCGCGAAACGCGCCAGCGUGCCGAUCAGCAUUCAUCUCGACCACGCGCAGUCCGAAAAAAUCAUCAAGCAAGCAGCUGAACUGCCAUUUGACAGUAUCAUGGUGGAUAUGUCACACUAUGAGAAAGACAUCAAUUUGAAGAAGACUCAAGAGCUGGUGCGCUACUGUAACGAGCGCCAGAAGGCUACCGAGGCCGAGCCGGGGCGAAUCGAAGGUGGGGAGGACGGUGUUAUGGAUACUGCAGGCUUGGAGGCCUGCAUGACUACAGCUGAGGAGGUCAAUGAUUUUGUCGACACAGGGGUGGAUGUGCUUGCUCCCGCGUUCGGCAAUGUCCACGGCGAGUAUGGACCUCAGGGGCCACACUUGGAUUUUGAGAGAUUUCAGAAUAUCCGCAGUCAGGCUGAUGGUAGAGUCAGAUUGGCUCUGCAUGGUACGAAUGGGUUUGAGCCAGAGCUGAUGAAGCACUGCGUGGCUGCUGGUGUUAGCAAGAUCAAUGUCAAUCGUCUCGUACUAGAUGACUACUAUGAUCAUCUUCACGCGAAUGUAGACAAAAUGUCACACACUCAGCUGAUUGAAGAGGGUAUUCAGAAGGUGGCCGAUCUGACCGUCAAGUGGAUGGAAAUCAGCGGCUCCGCCGGAAAAGCGUGA